CAUGGUCAGCUAUCCCCACUGUACCCCCUCUUCUAGCAGUCAGCUAUCCCCACUGUACCCCCUCUUCCAGCAUGGUCAGCUAUCCCCACUGUACCCCCUCUUUCAGCAGAGUCAGCUAUCCCCCCUGUACCCCCUCUUCCAGCAGAGUCAGCUAUCCCCACUGUACCCCCUCUUCCAGCAUGGUCAACUAUCCCCACUGUACCCCCUCUUCCAGCAGAGUCAGCUAUCCCCACUGUACCCCCUCUUCUAGCAGAGUCAGCUAUCCCCACUGUACCCCCUCUUCUAGCAGAGUCAGCUAUCCCCACUGUACCCCCUCUUCUAGCAUGUCAGCUAUCCCCACUGUACCCCCUCUUCCAGCAGUCAGCUAUCCCCACUGUACCCCCUCUUCUAGCAUGGUCAGCUAUCCCCACUGUACCCCCUCUUCUAGCAUAGUCAGCUAUCCCCCCUGUACCCCCUCUUCCAGCAUGGUCAGCUAUCCCCACUGUACCCCCUCUUCCAGCAGAGUCAGCUAUCCCCACUGUACCCCCUCUUCCAGCAUGGUCAGCUAUCCCCACUGUACCCCCUCUUCCAGCAGAGUCAGCUAUCCCCACUGUACCCCCUCUUCCAGCAGAGUCAGCUAUCCCCACUGUACCCCCUCUUCCAGCAGAGUCAGCUAUCCCCCCUGUACCCCCUCUUCUAGCAUGGUCAGCUAUCCCCACUGUACCCCCUCUUCCAGCAGAGUCAGCUAUUCCCACUGUACCCCCUCUUCCAGCAGAGUCAGCUAUCCCCCCUGUACCCCCUCUUCCAGCAGAGUCAGCUAUCCCCCCUGUACCCCCUCUUCCAGCAGAGUCAGCUAUCCCCCCUGUACCCCCUCUUCCAGCAUGGUCAGCUAUCCCCCCUGUACCCCCUCUUCCAGCAUGGUCAGCUAUCCCCCCUGUACCCCCUCUUCCAGCAUGGUCAGCUAUCCCCACUGUACCCCCUCUUCCAGCAUGGCACGAUGUCAUUAUUGGUCUGUCUGACUGCAAUGUCUGUGUGUUUCUGCAAAGUGUGUUGUGUGUGUGUGUGUGUGUGUGUGUGUGUGUGUGUGUGUACACACUGUAACAGAGUUAGGGACAGAGAUCAAAGAAGACGACAGAGAUGUCAGAAGCUGUGCUGUUGGAGAGGACUAGGACCAUGUGGAGGAAGGGGCAUAGAGAUGAUGUGACUGUACCCCCUCUUGGGCUCAAUAGGACUGAGAGAGAGGUCCCUUUUUAUAUGGAUUAACUGUUGGUUUUCUUCUCACUUUUAUAUAAAAAGAUCAUCAUCGUUUCAGAUAUAGACAGGUCGUAGCUAGGUACAGAUGCCUACAGGGAGAGGUGUGUGUGUGUGUGUGUGUGUCCUCCGCCUUGCUGUUUCCUGGUCUGCUCUGUCUCCACUGUAAAGCCACACCACUCAGGGAGACUCAAACAAACAGAUAGAAGCACCAACAACAACCGCAUGUGUCGUAACCCCCCAACCAUUAACUAACGGCAACUAUACAGCUAAAGACCAAUCAGAACAAAGCAUGUCAAAGAGGAAACUAAUAUAUGUUAUAAAUAUGUAAUAUUACUAUAUUGAAAAAGAAAAUGCUAUUUAUUUAAUUCCAUGUGUGGCGAGAGAGGGGGGAUAGUGUCUGUUGGUUUGUAUUUUUGGAUAUUCGUGUCAAGGUGUAUAGUAGAUUAGUGGUCUUUAUGAGUUUCCUCAGGCUUCUAUGGGGAAGGUGUAAGACAGAUAGUGUUUUAGCUCGGGGCUUCUCCUUUUCCCCCAAAGAUGCCAAUGGAUUCAUCAGGGAUGGACCACCAGUGUGUGUUGUAAGACAAUCAAUGUGAUGAUGAUGAUGAUGAUGAUGAUGAUGAUGAUGAUGAUGAUGAUGAUGAUGAAUGUGACAUGUGUAGGGUACAUUACUAUAACGGGGACUGUGAGCCCUUUCCUGCUUUCAGAUGGACUGGGGACUGGGGAAUGGGGACUGGGGUGAGAGGUCCCGGUCUAAGAUUUUGGGGUGGAAAAACUGAAAGGUUUGUUUCUGUCUGUGUGACCAAGUGACAAUCGGAACAGUAACCUAAUUAGAAAAAUGCCUCCUGUCCUGACAGAUAUACCUAUAUAUAUAUAUAUAUAUAUAUGUAUAUAUGUAUAUAUAUGUAUAUAUGUGUAUGUGUGUGUUUGUGUUUAUAAUUGACUAUUUAUUUUGCAUAAAAUUCAAGUUGUAUAUUUUUGAGAUUUUUUUUUUUUUUCGUUUUUUUUUCGCAUUGUAAAUUUUGUUGUCUGUGUUUUAUAAUCUAGCAUUUUCAUUGAGAAUAUUGUCAUUAUCACGAUGAGAUUCCUUUUAAAUGUAGCAGUUGAACGCGGUGGUUGACAGCCAGUCCAGUGCACAGUGAAUCCGUUUUACGCUUUGGUCUUCUAGACCCAUCUCAUCAGUCCUAAAUCAUAUCUUAUAUUUCCCAGACCUGUCCUGCACAUUUGCCCAUGUAUCAAUCUAUUGAAUAACACUGUGACAUUAUCAUUUUACCAAGUCUAUAGUAGUUGUCCAAAUUAACAGCAUUUUUAUACCAAAUAAUCAAUUAAUCUUUCCUCUCAAUUUGAUAUUAAAUGUUUUACAUACAAAGCACAGUACCACUGCAGGUUCCACAAAAAGGACACAGUCACCAAAGGGAUAUAUUCUCUGAAGUAAUAUCUUUGUGCUGGACUGGUAUGGGCCAACCCUCAACUCCUUUAAAACAAGUGUUCACAUUGAUCAUGGAACCAGAACUGGGCUGGACUCUCCUGAAGGGGAAUGAUCAAGCACUUUUUUUCUACAACAUUAUUUUUCAUUUUUAAUAGUUGGGAGGUGGUGUAGUUAUGAAUCCAAAAGGAUGUGGAUGAAUUCUGUGGAGAAAAAAAUAAAUAAAAAUCUCUUUUUUUUUUUCUUUUUUAAAAAUAAAUUGGAAUGAUUCAGGGUUAAAAUGUUAUGUUGAACUGUACGCCUUGUUCAGAGCAAAUGUGACUCUGAUUGGUCUAGACAGACACAGGGAAUAUUAAAGAUGACUUCAAAUA